AUGGUACUUAUGUCUCAAAAAACAUUAGCCAUUUUCCUCAUAUUCGUAUUGGCGCUAGGAAAUGCUAGCAUGAGGAUUCGUGAGAGAAAAGCGAUGCGCAAUUCAUUGGUACGAUUCGGAAAACGAGCUGGUCAACAAAAUGAAAUGAUGCUGGAGAAUAUUGGAAUUAUUUGCAAUGGAAAAAGUCCAUGUCAACCCAACACAAAAGACCAAUACGAACCAAUCAACUUGCCCUUUGCCAUGGAUCUCCAGCCGAAAAAUGUGUUACCAUAUCGAAAUAAUCUUUUUUAA